CAGCGGGACGGUCGUCGGGUCCCGCCCCCAGAAGCAGCCCCAGCUGGGGAGUUUGCCUCCUCCUCUUCUUCCUGGCCUUCGCGCUGCAAUUCCCGUUCUUUCCGACCUGGAGCCGGUUGGCCAUGGAGGCAGAAGCGCUGCCGCGCGGGCCACCGAGCGAAUGCCAGGUGGCAGGGAGGGGGAGCGGGCGACACCGGUGGCGGUUGGCGCCAGCAACUGGACCCUUGACCGUUUCCUCGCUGGUGCUGGUAGUGCUGGUGGCGAUGAUGAUGACCGAGGAGGCGGGAAGCGCCGAGGCAGCCCAGGGCUCGGGCGACGAGAAAUGCCAUUACUACGCGGGGGGCGAGGUGUACCCAGGCGAGGCAUCGCGGGUGCCCGUCAGUGACCACUCGCUGCACCUCAGCAAGGCCAAGAUUUCUAAGUCAGCACCUGAUUGGGAAGGAACAGCAGUCAUCAAUGGAGAGUUUAAGGAGUUGAAAUUAACUGAUUUCGGAGGAAAAUACAUUGUUUUCUUCUUUUAUCCUCUUGACUUCACAUUUGUGUGUCCAACGGAGAUCAUUGCCUUUAGUGACAGAAUUGAAGAAUUCAGAGCAAUAGAUGCCGAAGUAAUAGCUUGCUCAGUAGACUCGCAGUUCACUCAUUUAGCAUGGAUUAAUACACCACGAAAACAAGGAGGACUUGGACCAAUAAAGAUACCACUUCUUUCAGAUUUGACACACCAGAUUUCAAAAGAUUAUGGAGUUUAUCUAGAGGAUCAAGGACACGCUCUUAGAGGCCUGUUCAUUAUUGAUGACAAGAAAUAUCUUCGACAAAUAACAAUGAAUGAUCUUCCUGUUGGCAGAUCCGUGGAUGAGACUCUUCGCCUAGUACAAGCAUUCCAGUACACUGAUAAACAUGGAGAAGUUUGCCCUGCUGGUUGGAAACCAGGCAGUGAAACAAUCAAACCUGAAGAUGCUAUGAGAAUGUGGUGGCCAAGAGAAGAGCUAUAAUUCCAGAUCCUGCAGGAAAAUUGAAGUAUUUUGGUAAAGUGAACUGACUUCUUCCUUCUAAAAAUACAAUUCACAUCCAAGAAGCUGCCAAUAAAAGUUCUACUAAUUUUGAUAA